AUGACUCGUGAGAGCAUCGAGGCAAAGCCCGACGUCAGUCAGCACGACAACCCGGCUGACAACGAACAUGGCAUCACUCGCAAGGACCUCGCCUUAGACGCUGCCUCCAAAGGUCAGGGCAUCUCUGGCUACGAGACUCUUUCUCUUUGGGAGACUGUCAAGGCCUUCAAGGUCAACGCCGCCAUCUGCUUCGCAGUCACCUUUAGUGCUGCUACCGAUGGCUACCAGAUUGGCAUCAAUGGCAACAUAAUCGCCAACCCAGGCUUUGUCCACCAAUUCGCCACAAAGCUCAACGAUGCCGGCGAACCCUUCCUCGCCUCCGACAUCCUCGCCGGCUGGAGCUCCAUCAUGUCGGUCGGCCAGAUCAUCGGCAUGACCCAUUUGACCUUUGUGUCCGACCGUUUCGGCCGCAAGGUUGCCAUGUAUUGGUACUGGUUCAUCCUCGCCUGCAGCGUUCUGUGCGAAAGUUUGGCCCGGAGAUGGGAGGUUUGGCUGAUUGCUAAGCUGCUUGCGGGUAUUGGUGUGGGAUGUUUACAGUCGACUAUUCCGACUUACAUCUCCGAGGUCGCGCCUAUUCGAAUCCGUGGCGGUUUACUCAUGAGCUAUAGUCUUUGGUUCACCGUGGGCCAGUUCAUGGCGCCUGUCGCCUUGCAGGUCCUCUCCCAGACCGACCGCCAUAACUGGCUCACGCCCAUCUAUACCCAAUGGGCCCAGAUCGGUCUCAUGAUUCUGAUCUACCUUCUCGUUCCUGAAUCGCCUGCCUGGUGCGUCAGUCGAGGCAAGCAUGAACAAGCCAAGAGGUCCCUGCGAAUCCUUAACCACGGGGUCAAGGACUACGAUGUUGAUCAGCAGUUUCAACUCCUCUCUAUGGCGAUUGACCACGAGCGUACUGUCGCUGCCGAUCAGCGCCGUGAAAAGUGGUAUGCCAUCUUCCAGGGCACAGACGGACUACGCACUCUUAUUGCGCUAUGGACUCUUCUUACCCAGCAAUUCAUCGGCCUCACCCUCUUUGGAACAUUCGGAAGCUACUUCUUCCAGCAAGCUGGCAUCUCUGAUCCUUUCAAGUACACUUGCAUUACUUCCGGCAUCAAUGUCGCCGCCGGUAUUGCCUUGGUCUUUGCCGCGGAUUGGGUCGGUCGUCGUAGACUUUCUUGCAGUGGCACAACUCUCUCUUGGGUUUCAACUGCCGCUAUUGGCAUCCUCGGAGUUGUGCCACAGGUUUCUGCCACCAAUUAUCUCAUGGUUGUCUUUGCGGUUCUUUGGAACCUUGGAAUGGUCUCCAACGGUGCCACCGGCUGGGGCUUUAUCGGUGAAAUCUCAUCUCAGCGCUUGAGACCCUAUACAGCUGGUUUCGGCGCUGCGUCGACAUGUGUUGCCGGCGUCGUCAUGAACGUCCUCACUCCUUACAUGGUCAACACCAACCAGUGGAACUGGGGUCUCAAGACGGGCUGGUUCUACGCAGGACUGGGCUUGCCCUUCACCAUCGCCAUGUGGUUCUUGAUUCCCGAAACUGCCAGUCGCUCGCCUGCUGAGUUGGACGAGUUGUUUGAGAGAAAGGUUCGCCCUUGGCGAUUCCACAAGACGGAGACGGCCACCCAGCGCAUUGUCAAGGUUGAUGAAGGUGAUGAAUAA